GAGACCCAGGUCGUAAAGGAGAAAUAAGAGAGUGAAAGAGAAACGGAGGUGACAGCUGAGACAAAGGAACAAAAGGAGUAACUGCACUUUCUCUCCCACACACUUCUGACAGGUGAUGUGCGUCAAAGCUCUGUCUGCCUGCACGUUAGGCACUCCUGAAUUCAUCUGUGUUUGCUAGAAAGGUGAUCGCACAUGGCGUCCUCUGUCUUCCAGAUCAUCAGCAGCCUCGCCGUCCUCCUGUGGGUAUCAUUCAUCUGUGGAAAAACACAAGAGCCUGUUCUGGACUGUAUUCCGUCUCUCAGAGUUCCUCGGAACACAGUGUGGAAAUCUCCUGAAAAAGAGACUCUGAAGAUCAACUGUACUGUUACCACUGAAUCACACUGUUGGAAGAACUUAUCAGUGUCAUGGUGUAAAAUUGAGGAUACUGAUCACUGCAGACCUUUGAAUCACUCCAAUCACACUGGAACAGGAUGGAGGAAUAUUACUGAGAAGGAAAGAAAGUUUUUUCUGAUUUUCUGGAGUUUAUCUCUGCAGGACGCUGGACUUUACAGGUGUAAGUCAGAUGGACCUGUAUUCACUACAAGCCACGGUAUCAAUGUUACUGUUACAGCCUCUGACACAGACGUUGAAGUUGUCAGCAAUGAAAACAAAACAACAAAUGGUUCUUUAAUUGUGCCUUCGGAUCUGCAAUGGCUUCCGUACGCCUAUAUCUGCAGUGGAAUUGUAGGGCUGGUCCUCACAGUGCUGGUUGUGGCUCUACUUGUCAUCCGGUGCCAAGGACCAAAACAAUCCAAGAAAGAGAAAGUAGCUGACCAUCAGUCGAGCACAAGCCAGAGGCCUCCUUUUACUUCAACUGUACAUGACAGCGUGACUCGAGGCAACACCCACAGUCUACCCACCCAACUCAACCCACCAUCUCCCUGCAUCUACGAUAAUGCUCCUAUUAGGGCGUCAUCUCAGAGAGACGGCCCCUCCAGAAGACAUCUAGCCAAUCACACAGCAAAGCCAGGCCACAGCCAUGACUGCUUCAACAUGGAGGUGGAGGAAGAGGAGAAUCCUCUGGUCUAUGCCUCUCUGAAUCACAAGGCUUUGUCACGGGGACAAGUUCGAAUCAGUCAUCCAGAGGAGACCUCCGAAUAUUCCGCCAUUCGGCUCUCCUAACUAUUAAUGUCGCAUGGACCUUUGAGGCUGACCUGAGAACAGUUUUGUGUUUUGUGUGGUUAGGGUUUCGAUUUAAAUAAGAGCAGAGGGUCCUGGAUCAGAACUGUGAACUGUGCACUUAUUCUACAAGAACUGAGAAAGACUGUCCAUCCACACAUUGAGCAGCUGUGAUGGAACUUCAUUGCAUAGAACGUUCAAAUGCUCUGUACAUAAAGGCAUUUUCACGACAGUAACUAUGGCCUGAGAUUCAGU